AUGCCUCCCAAGUUCAACCCCAAAGUGGUCAAAGUCGUGUACCUGAGGUUCACUGAUGGGGAAGUCAGGGCUACAUCUGCUCUGGCCCCCAAAUUGGGGCCCAUAUUGAGGUGGUGCCUUGUGCCUUGUGCCUCUGCCCUGAUCAUCAAAGCUCUCAAGGAACCACCCAGAGACAGAAAGAAGCAGAAAAAUAUAAAGCACAGUGGAAAUAUCUGUUUAGAUGAGCUUAUCAGCAUUGCCCAUCAGAUGCAACACUGGUCUUUGGCCAGAGAACUCUCUGGGACUAUUAAAAAGAUCCUGGGGACUCCCCUGUCAGUGGGCUGCAACGUUGAUGGCCACCACCCUCAUGACAUCUUAGGUUACAUCAAUAGUGGUGCUGUGGAAUGCUCAUCUAGUUAA